AUGAACAGCGAAGAGUAUUAUGAUAAUAUAGAGUUAGAAAAUGUUGAUACCGACUUGGAGAUGGUGGAAUCAGAGCAUAUAGAUACUGACUUGGACAUAGCGGAAUCUAAUAGUUUUAUUGUUGAUACAGAUAAUUCAAAUUGUAGUGAAAUUUCACAGUUAGCCACAAUAUCUCAACAUAAAAAAAGGAUUAGAAAAUUAGGUGGUAGUAGUUCCGUUAGACCCUUUUAUGAAGUAACAUUAGUUAAUGAUAUUGAUUAUUGGAUUUGUCAUCACAAAAGUUGUGCUCCACGAGUAAAAUAUAAAAAGGAUGGUACUACAUCAAAUUUAUGGCGACAUUUGAGAAAUAAGCAUCACAUUUUAAGGAACAUGAUGGAAAAUAACCGUGUAAGGAUUGAACAAAAAGAUCUUGAUCCUCAAGCCAGCACUUUAAGCAAUGAUCAGUUAAAAGAAAUUCUUAUCAAUGCUGAGAACAGAGUUUUACAAAACAUGCAUAAGCAUGUACAUGAUAAUAACGAGAUUUGUUAUGCCUCCUUUACCACUGAUAUGUGGACCUCAGAUAACAACAACCCAUACAUUGACAAAAUAGUUGAAAUUUUAGACAAAUUUCAGGUUAGAAGUAAAGUUGUUUGCAGUACAAUAGAUAAUGGGGCAAACAUUAAGUCAUGUUUAGGAAAGUUGGAAGAAAGAUAUAACAUAUUCAAAAAUUUUUGUUUUGGUCAUACCCUCCACCUCGCAAUUAAUGAUGCAUUAAAAAAAUCUCCUAAAAUUAUUGAUCUUAUAAAAAAAUGUAAAGAAGUUGUAUACAAAUCUUUUUUGGUUGAAGAUAAUGAGAGUGGUUCAUUAAAAAGCUAUGAGGAAAAAGAAUUAUCAUCUGAAGAGUGGGAAAAAGUAGUGGGGUUAGUUGAGCUAUUACGUCCGUAUGAGUUUAUUUCAACACAAUUAUCCGGUUCACAUUACCCAACACAAGCGUGGUUUGCAAUUCAUUACAUUAAAUUAAAAAUUGAUAAUGUAUUAACAUCUAAUAUAUCAAUAUUUGAUAUUGAUGUUAAAAAUUUUGGAAACUAUCUUCUUGAGUCAAUAAAAAUAUGGUUUUUAGAACCGACUAAAUUAAUUCGACUUGCUGCUUUCUUUGACCCCUGGACUAAAGAUAUGCAAAUUUUCUCUGAUGAUGAAAAACGCCUCACUAUUUUGGAAGCUCAUAUGAAAUAUAAUGAACUAGAUUCUAACAAUUAUGAGUUUAAUGAAA